AUGUCAUACUGCUUUUAUGGCGGUGAGCUAGAGUAUGUCAACAUGUAUGGUGCCCUUGCCGAUACAGAUACCCUACCGAACAUCGAAGAUCACACGAAAACCUUACCAGCAGCUACCGCUACGGAGAUGCAACCAGAACUUAGUGAGCUCCCUGCUUGUGAGGUCAACACUAAAUAUCAUCCGAUGGCCUCGUUGCCAUCGCCCCCUAUGCCAAGUGAGCCUCUGAGUUGCGAGUGGUCUACGAUUGAUAAACCUACUGCAACAUAUAUUCAGAGUUACCACAGUCCUGCACAUUUAUAUGAGAGCGCGGACGAAGUUGCCUGGGCCUCGCAGUCUCUGUUUGGCUUGAAUGUCACACACCCACAACCACCUGUUCAGGUACCCCAUUCAGUUCUUCUUGGAAGCGUGAGUUGCCGCCCGGAGUCACCAUUGGAGCUAGUGGUUAAAGUAGAAGAAUACCAACCAGCCACGGAAUCUGAUCGCAAGCAGGCUUCUAAGCCCACGCUCAAGAAGAAAGGUCGGCGGUGUAGGAAGCAGUACGGCACUAUUUAUGAUGAUUUCGGCAACGAAAUCGUAGAUCCUGUCAAAAGAUCACGCAAGCGUAUCGCUAUGCUAAUUGAGGAGGACAACCUGCGCCGAAAGUAUGAGGAGCAGGAGAGAGCAAAGAUCGCGGCGGCUAGAAUCCAGCGGGCUGAAAGACGAGCAAAAGCCCAUGACGAUUCAGCACCAAGCCAGCAGUCGGAUUCGAGUAUACGGUGCUGA